GUGGCACCCCUCCACCCACAGCCCCGCCCGGCCCGACCCCGAGCACCCCAGCACCAGCUGACGGGCAGCGUGCUCAGCCUUUCGCCCGGACUCCUCUUAACUUCUCUGGAAGGAGCAACGUGCCGCCCGCCCCCUCGCCCACAGCAGCGGAACUUGAACCCAGCCGCGCCCGGGGUCCACCUUGCGCCGCCCUGAGCGCGGGCGGGAGUCCCUGAUGAUUUCUGCAGAAAGGGCGUGAAGCGGGGCGGGCGCGGUGCUCCGCCCGGGCGCCAGGGGUCCUCGUGGAGGAGCGCGCAGCAGCGGAGCCGGGAGAGUGGGAGCAUGACCGAGCGGCCUCGGGGGACCUCAGCGCGGUAAUGCCAACAUGAUGUUUCAUUCAGGUCGAAUGUGGAGCUGCCAUUGGAAAUGGAAGCCAAGUCCUCUUCUGUUCUUAUUUACUUUAUAUAUUACAAGUGUUCCUCACUCAGUGUGGGGAUGUGCCAACUGCAGGGUUGUCCUAUCCAGCCCUUCUGGGACCUUUACUUCUCCGUGCUACCCUAAUGACUACCCUAACAGCCAGGCUUGCAUGUGGACCCUCCGAGCCCCCACCGGCUACAUCAUUCAGAUAACAUUUAAUGACUUCGACAUUGAAGAAGCUCCCAAUUGCAUUUAUGACUCAUUAUCCCUUGAUAAUGGAGAGAGCCAGCCUAAAUUUUGUGGAGCAACUGCCAAAGGCCUAUCGUUUAACUCAAGUGCGAAUGAGAUGCAUGUGUCCUUUUCAAGUGACUUUAGCAUCCAGAAGAAAGGUUUCAAUGCCAGCUACAUCAGAGUUGCCGUGUCCUUAAGGAAUCAAAAGGUCAUUUUACCCCAGACGCCAGAUGCUUACCAGGUAUCUGUUGCAAAAAGUGUCUCCAUUCCAGAGCUCAGCGCUUUCACACUCUGUUUUGAAGCCACCCAAGUUGGCAGUGACGACAGUGACUGGACAGCUUUCUCUUACUCAGAUGCGACCUUCACACACUUGCUCAGUUUUGGAAAGGGCGAGAGUGGCUACUUUCUAUCUAUUUCUGGCUCCAAAUGCUUGCUGAACAGCGCCUUCCCUAUCACGGAAAAAGAAGACAUUUUCUCAGAAAGCUUCGAGCAGCUCUGCAUGGUGUGGAAUAAUUCUUUGGGCUCUGUUGGUGUCAACUUCAAAAGAAACUAUGAAACAGUUCUAUGUGAUUCUACUGUUAGUAAAGUUAUUCCUGGGAAUGGGAAAUUGUCGUUGGGUUCCAAUCAAAAUGAGAUCUCCUCUCUAAAAGGGGACAUUUACAACUUUCGACUUUGGAAUUUUACCAUGAAUUCCAAAAUCCUCUCCAACCUCAGCUGUAAUGUGAAAGGGAAUGUGGUCGACUGGCAAAAUGACUUUUGGAAUGUCCCGACCGUAGCUCUGAAAGCGGAAAGUAACCUAAGCUGUGGUUCCUACCUGAUCCCACUCCCGGCUGCAGAACUAGCCAGCUGUGCAGAUCUGGGGACCCUCUGUCAAGCUACUGUAAACUCUCCUAGUACUACACCACCCACUGUCACCACUAACAUGCCUGUUACUAAUAGACUCGAUAAACAAAGGAAUGAUGGAAUUAUCUAUAGAAUAUCAGUAGUGAUUCAAAACAUCCUUCGUCACCCUGAGGUAAAAGUACAGAGCAAGGUGGCAGAAUGGCUCAAUUCAACCUUUCAGAAUUGGAACUACACUGUUUUUGUGGUUAAUAUCAGUUUUCACCAGAGCACAGGAGAGGACAAGAUUAAAGUCAAGAGAAGCAUUGCGAAUGAUCAAAGGUUGGUGCUUUGGGCCCUUCUAGUUUACAAUGCUACCAACAACAGCAACUUAGAAGAAAAAACCAUCCAGCAGAAGCUCUUAAAAAAUAAUGAGUCCCUGGAUGAGGGUUUGCGGCUAGAUACGGUGAAUGUGAGACAAAUGGGUAUAUGUCCUGACGUGGAGGAACCCAAAGGCUAUUAUUGGCCAGCCAUCACACCUGCUCAAUACACGCUUCCUUGUCCAGACAAGCCUGGCUUUUCUGUUUCACGGAUAUGUUAUCAGAGUGCUACAAACUCAUCUUUAGCCUACUGGGGGCCCCUUGAUCUUUCCAACUGUUCAAACGAAGCAAAUGAUGCCAAUCAGAUUUUAAAUAUGACUGCUGAUGGGCAGAACUUAACCUCAGCCAAUAUCACCAGCAUUGUGGAACAGGUCAAAAGGAUUGUGAAUAGUGAAGAAAACAUUGAUAUAACACUUGGCUCAACUCUAAUGAAUAUAUUUUCUAAUAUCUUAAGCAGUUCAGACAGUGACUUGCUUGAGUCUUCAUCUGAAGCUUUAAAAACAAUCGAUGAAUUGGCCUUCAAGAUAGACCUGAGUAGCACACCACAAGUGAAUAUUACAACUCGGAAUUUGGCUCUUGGAGUAUCAUCCCUGUCCCCAGGAACAAAUGCAAUUUCAAAUUUUAGCAUUGGCCUUCCAAGCAAUAAUGAAUCAUAUUACCAGAUGGAUUUUGGGAACAGACAAAUGGAUCCACUGGCUUCUGUAAUUUUGCCUCCAAACUUACUUGAGAAUUUAAGUCAGGAAGAUUCUGUAUUAGUUAGAAGAGCACAGUUUAUUUUUUUCAACAGAACUGGACUUUUCCAGGAUGUAGGACCCCAAAGAAAAACCUUAGUGAGUUAUGUGAUGGCGUGCAGUAUUGGAAACAUUACCAUCCAGAAUCUGACAAUUCCUGUUCAAAUUAAAAUCAAACAUAUAGGAACUCAGGAAGUGCAUCAGCCCAUCUGUGCCUUCUGGGAUAUGAACAAAAACACAAGUGUUGGAGCGUGGAACACGUCAGGAUGUGUCACACACAGAGGUCCAGACCCAAACGAGACGGUCUGCCUGUGUAACCACUUCACACACUUUGGAGUUCUGAUGGACCUUCCAAGAAGUGCCUCACAGAUAGAUGCAAGAAACACUAAAGUCCUCACUUUCAUCAGCUAUAUUGGGUGUGGGAUAUCUGCUAUUUUUUCAGCAGCAACUCUCCUGACAUAUGUUGCUUUUGAGAAAUUGCGAAGGGAUUAUCCCUCCAAAAUCUUGAUGAACCUCAGUACAGCCCUGUUGUUCCUGAAUCUCCUCUUCCUCCUGGACAGCUGGAUCACCUCCUUUGGUGUGGAUGGACUUUGCACUGCUGUGGCUGCCCUGUUACAUUUCUUCCUUCUGGCAACAUUUACCUGGAUGGGGCUAGAAGCAAUUCACAUGUACAUUGCUCUAGUUAAAGUAUUUAACACUUACAUUCGCAGAUAUAUAUUAAAAUUUUGCAUCGUUGGCUGGGGUUUGCCUGCCUUAGUGGUAUCAGUUGUUCUGGUGAGCAGAAACCAAAAUGAAGUCUAUGGAAAGGAGAGCUAUGGCAAAGAAAAAGGCGAUGAAUUCUGUUGGAUUCAGGAUCCAGUCAUAUUUUAUGUGACCUGUGCUGGGUAUUUUGGAGUCAUGUUUUUUCUGAACGUUGCCAUGUUCAUCGUGGUAAUGGUGCAGAUCUGUGGGAGGAACGGCAAGAGAAGCAACCGGACCCUGAGAGAAGAGGUUUUACGCAACCUGCGCAGCGUGGUUAGCCUGACGUUUCUGCUGGGCAUGACAUGGGGCUUUUCAUUCUUCUCCUGGGGACCCUUAAAUAUCCCUUUCACGUACCUCUUUGCCAUCUUCAAUUCAUUACAAGGCUUAUUUAUAUUUAUUUUCCACUGUGCUAUGAAGGAGAAUGUUCAGAAACAAUGGAGGCGGCAUCUCUGCUGUGGUAGAUUCCGGUUAGCAGACAACUCAGAUUGGAGUAAAACAGCUACCAAUAUCAUCAAGAAAAGUUCUGAUAAUCUAGGAAAAUCUUUGUCUUCAAGCUCCAUUGGUUCCAACUCAACCUAUCUUACAUCCAAAUCUAAAUCCAGCUCUACCACCUAUUUCAAAAGGAAUAGCCACACUGACAGCACUUCUAUGGACAAGUCCUUGUCAAAACUGACCCAUGCUGAUGGAGAACAAACAUCAAUCAUCCCUGUCCAUCAGGUCAUUGAUAAGGUUAAGGGUUACUGCAACGCUCAUUCCGAUAACUUCUAUAAAAAUAUUAUUAUGUCAGACACCUUCAGCCACAGCACAAAGUUUUAAUGUCUUUAAUGUAAGAAAAAGGAAUCAGUCUACAGAAACAUGAAGAUCAGCAAGCUGUGAAAACUACAACUAGCAGAUGUAAAUGUGCUAUUACCUAGGUAACUGCAUAUAUAUGAGGAAUGUAUUUUGUUAAGAAGGCUUUUGUGAAAUUCAGAAUUUAUCUUUUCAGUAUAUUUCUUCCCUGGGGGAGUUUCCAUCAUCACUAAAACUUCAGUGCUGAGAGCAGUAUGACUCAGUGGCCACAGGAGACAUGAUUUUUUAAAUAUAUAAUUAAAUCAGACUAAUCAGAACUCGGGGGGAGACAUCAAAAUUAACAGGGGCGGGGUGCAAAGCUAAGGACAAACCUUAGUUUAGAGCCCAUUUAGACGCCACCUAAUAGUUCUGGAUGUGCCCAUUUUCUACAUCAUCUUUCUUAACAAUAAAAAGCCUGCUAAUAUUUAUAACUAUUUUGGAUGCCCCCAAGUCUCAUCCCAGGGCUAUUUUCUAUGAGUGCAGUAGCACUUUCUCAUUUUUGAUGAAAUUUCAACCAUAGAUAGAAUGUUUAAUGUUUGAUCCAAAGUUUAAAAAAGGUUUUUUAUUUCUUUUAUAUCAAAAUGUUUAACCUUCAGAACCAUAACAUGCUUAUGAAAGAAAGUUUUCCCAAAUUUUGACCUGGUUAAUGUGAGGCUAUGUCAAUUUCUAAUAUUUUACUUACUGUAUUCAAAUCACAAGGCUAAAGCAGCAUCAUUAGUAUAAUUUAAUCCCAUACAUUUGAGUCAAGUUUAGUGUAGAUGUACCUUCAGUGUGGGCCUCCUAGCAGUUGUUUAGGAAUUAAUCUGUUUGCUUAUGAAUACUGAGGCCACAGGCUCGGGGCAGGAAGGAGAAUUUCCAUUAGGCAAGCUGUGAGCAGUACAAGUUCCCUUUUAGGAGAUGCACUAUUAAGACAACAUGGUCCUGUCCUUGCUCUAGAGACUUCAAGACAUUUCCAAUCACUCAAAGGAAAGCUUCUUACUUCCCAUUAUCCAAAGACUAUAAAGUGAGGCAUAUGAAUGAUUCAUAAUAAUCAAUACAAUUUAUAAACGUGUGGGUUAACAGUUGCUAGUCUAAAAAUUAUUUGUAAGUCCUCUGAUUAUAGUAUAUAAGAGCUUGCAGAGAUCUGGCAAGGUAGAUGGUGUAUUAUUUAUGGAUUAGGCUGCUGUAUACAAGCCAUGCAUAAAAUUAAGCAGCUUACCUAACUCUCAGACUGUCCUGAGUAAUGCCUGCUUGCUUGUGAAUGUGUAGAAGACUAUGCUUUAAUUGUCCUUAGAUGAUGGAGUCCAAUGGAUUUUCUUAGAAACUGGUCUCACCGCAUGCUAUGCUUUUACAAUUUGCUCUGGGUUAUCUGGGAAGUAUCAGGUUCUGGUAGGCAGCGUAAGUGAAAAGAAAAUUGGCAGAGGCCAGAAGCUAGCACCUGGAGGCCUUUCCCUCUGCAUAAAAUGUAGAUAGUUCUCAGGCUAUGAGACUUGACAUGGGAGGGAUUUCAGGCUAUGCAGCCACCCAAGGGGCCUCUCACCUUUUGCUGAGCUUCAAUCAUGAAGCUAUUUGCCUGGUUGGAGCAGAUGAUGAGAUAAUGAGGUAGUGGAUUUUUAUUACCAUUCCAUUUUGCAGCAGCUUGGAACACCAUCCUGGGAGACAUGAACACUGCCCAACCUGCCUUUCACAGGGGAGGGUUGUAUUUAGUAGAAAGGAAUAGUGAAUCUUAAGGUCACUGAGAUUCACUACGUAGAGCCAAAAUCAUUUUCAACAGGCAUAUAUAUUAACAGGCUGCUUAUUUUGGCAGAGGUUACAUAUAGAUGAAAGUUAAUCUUAAAUAGUCACUGAAUAUUCAUAUACUUUCUCCCCCAAACCUUAGAUAUUCAUGGUAGAUUUUAAUUAGCGUUCUACUAUGAGAUUUCUGCCCAAAGUGGUUAUUUUAGUUAAUAGUAAUUAAGAUAGAGCUUUAAAAAUGGCUUUGCUUUUAAUUUCUACUCAUAUUCAUCCAGAUCUAGAAAAACCUUUUUUCCCUAUGUUUGACAACAGUGUCAGCUCCAUUUUAGAAAUAUUUAAUAAAAGGUGAGGAAGAAUGAAGAAACUGCUGAAUAGAAACAUUUGCAAAUGGAAUUAAAAGACUGAGCCAAAUUCUCCCUUCAGCUCUGAGCAUGCAGUUCUCACCUUCAGUUAGGCCCCUCUGGGCAUAGGGGCAGGAAUUUAGUGGGGAGCCAAAAGUUUGGUUAGCCUGUCAUUGAGAAUGUCAAUUCAGACUCUAUUUCUGUUUUUAUUUUAUUUUUUCCCUUUUCCUUUCCUCUUUUUACACUACAUUGUAUUAGAAUUGUAGUCUAGGAUCCUGAGAUAUUUUCUAUUCUUGUCACCAUUUAUUUGCAUUGUAAAGAUUUCCUUUGUCUAUUGUUGGCAUAGUGUCUUUUGUAUAUAUUUAUUUAUUUGAGUUUAUAAAUGUCAAUGUGUUUCGUAUCUUAGCUUCAUAUUGCCUACCUUUGUUUUAAUUAACUUUCUAUUAGAGAGACUGUAUAUAUUUUUUUCUAAAUACUUUGUGAAAUAGUUUUCUGUAGCAAUACCUUUGAAUAUGAUGAAUAAAAGCAACUGUGAGUGCAAAUUAGAAUUAGUAGUAAGAAGCUACUAUAGCUGAUUUGCCAUUUUACUUAAAUGGAAAAUGUUCUUCAAAUAAAUACUUACGUUGUUCAUGUCCCAAAUUA